AUGAAUUGCAGAAUUGAUUAAGAAAUACAUUCCAUUCAGUAUUAAUCAAAUCUACUACCAAAAGAACUAUCUUUAUAACUUAUUAAGUAAAUUAUCCUUUUAUAUCCUCAUCAGGUAUUUAAUAAUCUAUUUUCAACAAAUACAACAAAUAUUAAGAUAAUAUAUAUAUUUAGCAACAAUCUAAUUAAUCGAUGAUUAGCCUACAUCUUAGGCUAAAUUCAAAGCAAACAUUGUCAGCUAUUCAGAAUUUAGAAGAACACGAACAAUUUAAUAGAAUAAAUAACUAAUUCUAGUAUACUAUGACUUAAUUUAAAAAAGUCUAAAGAAUUUAACACUACCCAAAAUUAAGAUGUUUAUAUUACAAAAGUUAUUAUUGGCUUAUCCGAAAUUAGUUCAUAUUUAAUUAGAUGAAAAUCUUCCAUUUUAUAAUGUAAUCUUUAUUUAGAAAAUGCGUUCUUAAUGGAUUUUUCAUUGCUAAAUAAUCUUAUUUUCAAGCCCUUACUAUAUUAAUCAAUUUUUAUUUAAAGCCUCUAAAUUAUAAAACAAAUGA